CGGAGCUGCGAGGCCCGCCCGGGCCGUCGCAGCCGCUGCCGCGGUCCCCUGCGCUCCUCCCCACUGCCGCCGCACGCCCCCAGCCGGUCCCGCCUCGCCUCCUCCGCGGCGGCGGCUUCCGCCCCUCUUAGCUGCGCUGCCGGAGGAAACGGAAGAAGGAGCAAGCUAUGGAGGGGAACAAGGAUGAGGCUGAGAAAUGUGUCGAGAUCGCCCGGGAGGCCCUGAACGCCGGCAACCGCGAGAAGGCCCAGCGCUUCCUGCAGAAGGCCGAGAAGCUCUACCCACUGCCCUCGGCCCGCGCACUAUUGGAAAUAAUUAUGAAAAAUGGAAGCACGGCUGGAAAUAGCCCUCAUUGCCGAAAACCAUCAGGUAGUGGUGAUCAAAGCAAGCCUAAUUGCACAAAGGACAGCACAUCUGGUAGUGGUGAAGGUGGAAAAGGCUAUACCAAAGACCAAGUAGAUGGAGUUCUCAGCAUAAACAAAUGUAAAAAUUACUAUGAAGUACUUGGAGUUACGAAAGAUGCUGGUGAUGAAGAUUUGAAAAAAGCUUAUAGAAAGCUUGCUUUGAAGUUUCAUCCAGACAAAAACCAUGCACCUGGAGCAACAGAUGCUUUUAAAAAGAUUGGAAAUGCUUAUGCUGUUUUAAGUAAUCCAGAAAAGCGAAAACAGUAUGAUCUCACAGGCAAUGAAGAACAAGCAUGUAACCACCAAAACAAUGGCAGAUUUAACUUCCAUAGAGGUUGUGAAGCUGACAUAACUCCAGAAGACUUGUUUAAUAUAUUUUUUGGGGGUGGAUUUCCUUCAGGUAGUGUACAUUCUUUUUCAAAUGGAAGAGCUGGUUAUAGCCAACAACAUCAGCAUCGACAUAGUGGACAUGAAAGAGAAGAGGAAAGAGGAGAUGGAGGUUUUUCUGUGUUUAUCCAGCUGAUGCCCAUAAUUGUAUUGAUCCUCGUGUCAUUAUUAAGCCAGUUGAUGGUCUCUAAUCCUCCUUAUUCCUUAUAUCCCAGAUCUGGAACAGGGCAAACUAUUAAAAUGCAGACAGAAAACUUGGGUGUUGUUUAUUAUGUCAACAAGGACUUUAAAAAUGAAUAUAAAGGAAUGUUAUUACAAAAGGUAGAAAAGAGUGUGGAGGAAGAUUAUGUGACUAAUAUUCGAAAUAACUGCUGGAAAGAAAGACAACAAAAAACAGAUAUGCAGUAUGCAGCAAAAGUAUACCGUGAUGAUCGACUCCGAAGGAAGGCAGAUGCCUUGAGCAUGGACAACUGUAAAGAAUUAGAGCGGCUUACCAGUCUUUAUAAAGGAGGAUGAACUGGAAUUUUUAUUUAUACCUUUUAGCGUACUCUUUAUUUUUUCUGUAAGUAAGUUUGGUUUCAUCAUGAGAGAUGAAGGAAAAGAUUUGAUACUGAAAACUAAACUGAACAGUUGGUUCCUGAAAUCUUGGACUGUUUAUGACCUACUGUCUCCUUUAAAUAGUAACUGAAAACUAAAAUGGAAUAUUUUAGUUACGCUUCUACAAUUAUUUUCAUUUUAAAAGCUUACAUGAUUCCUAACUAAAAUGUCUUGAGAAAGGAUUAUCACACCUGUAGCAAUUUCCAGUUUUAGUGAUUCCCCAUUUUUUUCCCUUGUCAUGUAAAUAUCUAUGGAAUGAUCAUUUUGUGUACAUACAGGUUACUGCUUUUUUAUUUAAAUUCUUUUAGUGUUUAGCUCCAUGAGACACUUCAGUUUAAAUUGAUGGAAUAAAUGUUAUAUGACACAUUUACAUUUUCCUUAUCAAGGUGUCAAAUAUGUGGACUUUAAACAAUGAAACUUUUUCAAAAAGAAAAAACAAAAACUUUAACUUUGUGUAAAAUCUUAUAGUAUUAUCAGCUUAGAGGGAAUUGAUAUUUUUAAUAUUGCCGUUAUAUUCCAAAAUAUAUAUUGAGAUAAAUGAACUGGUGUAGAAUAUCAGUUUGCCAUUUAGUUUUAUGAAUUACUAUACAUAUACAUGCAUAGAAAUGAAAAUACUAUACUGAUAGAUUUUAAAGAAAAUAUGAGGAAAUGGCUAUAAAUAUUAAACUAAAAGGGUCUUCAACAGUAAAGUGCAGUUAUGUCAUUUACAAUUCCAAUACUUUAAAGGCCACCAAAUUUUGAUGUAUAUGUCCUUGAAGGGCUGCUAAAAUUUAUAAAGAGGACUCACAUUUUCCCCCAUAGGAAUUUGCAGUUUCUUGGUGAUCAUUUAAGCAGGAUCCAAAGAAGUUCUUCUACAAAUAAGUAAUAAGAAAAAUGAGUACUGAAAUACAGCUUUGUGCCUUUUAACUCUAUGCCAACUCCUAAACAUAUAAGUAGAUUACAGUAUACUUAUCUGAUCAGAGCAUGAUCUGUUUGGCCACAUGCAAGUGUGAGCAGAAAUAUAGCAGCAGGUAGAAUAGUAAUUUAAAGCAAGUCAUCCUUUAAAAAUUCUGAGCUAAAAUCUAUUCACCAUUGAGUAACUGAAUUAAUCCUAUAGGAAUAAGCUCCUUGUAAGUAAAUCCAUAAUAUGAAUUAGAAAAAAAAAACAGCUGAAAAUUGAAGUUUUUGGUGCCUGUAUACUGGAUAUGAAACUAUUUGAUUUCUAGUCUUCUGUGUUUAGCAGUUGUAAUAUUUUAAUGAUUUUGCUUCAUACUCAGUUAAUGGAACAUAAACAUAUCUUUGAUACUUCUUUGUGAGUGAGAGAAUGCUAGAUAGGGUGGCUUUGUUCUUUGUUUAAAUUUUUUUUCUGAAUGUAGUUAAUUUAUGGCAUCUGUUGAAUAAAACUGCUAAAAUGACCUCUUAAAAA